AUGCUAACAGGAUUCAAGACAGGAUCAGAGGAACCGUCACAGAUCACAAUCUUCACAAUAUUCGCCACUUUAGGAUCGCGUAUUCAGUGCAUCAUUCCUGGAAAUGCAAGCAUCAGCGAUUCGAACUCCCCAGGGGAGAGAAAUUUAGUCUUGCCCGAUCCUCAGCAGUGCCCAUCAGUAGUCGGAGGAGGAGGGAGCAUCUCCCGCAGCUCUUCAGCGGUAACUUCGACGAUGGGGGAGGUGCAGUUGAGCAAACCUAUUCCCCUCCCACCCCCGGUGAUCAAGUUAAAGAAUUUGGUCAGCUUUUUCGAGGGCAUCAUGCACCCAGAGCUAACGAAAGCAAGACCGAACAGCCGGGAAAUGAGUUUGAUGUGGGGAAAGAAUCCGAAAGUCUCUGUUAAGUCCAGAGACGACAGUCGACAAAGUGGUGAUACCAACUCUGACGAAAAGUACUUCUCGCAGCGAAUGGACUUCUUCUGUUACGAAACCGGAACUCCGCUUGUACCGGACGCCCUGAUUUCACACGGCGACGUUGUCCUGGUUUUUUGUGAUCGCGGCUACGCGCAGAGGAUGAUGGCGCAGCUAUUAACACAAUCGGGCGAUGCGCGCUGCAGCGAAGUCCCGCAAUGCCCGCCAGGGCAGAUCGCUCAUCUGCGGCGCGCGAUCGCGCUUCUUAAAGAGGUGCCUCACCUUCACUACGAUCAGCUCCUUACAGAGGAGCGAGAGCUCACGGAGCUCUCCCAGCAUGUGUGGGACGCGCUCGAAAGUAGCCAGAUCCUUUCUCCGUCAUCUCCCGCCGCGUCGGAUGAAAGCGAGGUGGUAGAUGUGCAGCCAGUGCGCUUUUUCGGGCAGGUUUUGUACACCCCAGCCGCGCUUCUGCAUCUUUUAACCGCUGCCAAGAAGAAAUGUGAUGGGUGCGUAAAGGACUAUGUACAGACCAUGGAGAUGUUUAAAACCGCAAAAGAGCAAAUGGGAACCAUAGGUGUGGCAACUCAAGAACCGCCAUGUAUUCCUGGCGAUUCAGUGGAGGGUGAAGUCGAUGAGUGUAUGAUCCCCUUCCUUCAGAACCAAUCUGAGGAGCAGCUUCUAUUGGUUCGGAUCUGCCUUUCCCACAUCGACAAGACGCGGCGCCUCCUCAUGAAGGUCCGACAAGUCGCCAACCGGUUGUCGUCGGUGGUGAAAACGGCGGAGCGCAUCCGAACUCUGCAGGCGAGUCUGACCAACGCUGAAGCGCUUUUAAUCCGUCGGGCUGCGCUCCAGCUCGCGACGGUGCGCCGAUGGGAGCCCCUCCGGUCCUUCCACCAGGCGUUGGAGACCGACAUCGCGGGCUUCCUGCACGCCGAGGAGGGCGGGGUCCUGCCGGAGAAGGUCGCGACCCUGCUGCGGGCGAGCCUGCCCGAGGUCCCCCCCAUGCCGGACGCGGCGACUCAGACGGCGCUGCAGCUCCUCGCGGAGGACGUCCAGGCCCGGCCCCGCGUCACGGCCCUGGUCGACCGCCUGCUGGAGGAGGUGGCACAGGGGGAGGGGGCCCAAGGGGAAGGGGCCCCCGCCGGGGACGAAAGGGCCCCGACGUGGGCGUGUCACGGCGAGGAGGAGGGGGCGGCCCCUCGGGGGACGGGGCUUCCCGACGACGACGACAGCCGUCGUCCUCCACCUGUCGCGAGGGAAAGCGAUCCACGGGUGGGUGGCAAUGUAUAA